UUCCAGAUGAUCCAAGAACAGUGUGCUGACAGGAACAAUGUUCAGACGGCAGAGAAACCACAAGUGUCGUACAAAGUGGGCAUCUAUGGGUGGCGGAAGCGCUGCCUUUACUGCUUCGUGCUGCUUCUGAUGGUUUUAAUCCUGGUUAAUCUUGCACUAACCAUCUGGAUCCUCAAAGUUAUGAACUUCACAAUGGAAGGUAUGGGACAUUUAAGAAUUACAAAGACUGGUCUGGAACUUAAUGGGGACUCAGAAUUCCUUCGACCCCUCUAUGCCAAAGAAAUCCAGUCAAGACCAGGCAGUCCACUGUUCCUCCAAUCUUCCAAAAAUGUAUCCAUCAGCAUCCUAGAUGGCAAAAAUAAGGCAGUCACACAGCUGGUGGCAGGAUCCAGUGGAAUCCACGCCUGUUGCAAGUUGCUUGAGGUGAAAUCGAACACUGGGAAGCUGCUGUUCUCUGCAGAUGCCCAUGAAGUAGUUGUUGGAGCUGAAAAGCUGCGAGUCCCCGGUGCUGAGGGCGCAGUGUUCAGCAACUCUGUAGAAACGCCUCACGUCAGGUCCGAGCCCUACAAGGAGCUUAGACUGGAGUCUCCAACCAGGUCUCUGUACAUGGAGGCUCCAAAAGGUGUCCAGAUAAUGGCAGAAGCGGGAGACAUUCGGGCCACCUGCAGAAGCGAAAUGCGUCUGGAGUCAAAGGAUGGAGAGAUAACGCUUGAUGCCAGGAAGAUCAAGUUUCCCAGGCUGCCUGAAGGGAAGGCCUCAGCGACAGGCAGCAGACAGACUGUGUUUGAGGUCUGCGUCUGUCCCAACGGCAAGCUAUACUUAUCCCAGGCCGGCUCCGGCUCCACCUGCCACAUUAACUCUAGUGUCUGCCUAUAAAAAGACAGGAAGAUGGACCUGGAGCCCCACAUCCCCCCAGUAAGCUCUCUCCCCAUUGACAUAUAGACUGAGGAAAUUGCUGGCAAGUGGAGAGAGAAGAGACACUAAGUAAUGGCCUGUGAGGACGGAGAAGAGGUGUACCCAUGCAGAAGACAGACACUCACCAGCGAUUUCAGCUGCACGACAUGCCGGAUGAGAGAACAGAAAGAAGAGGAAAAGUGUUACUGUGACACAGGGAAGCCAGCAAAGCCAGCAAAGCAGUGUCUCAGUUAUCAUUAACAAAUCACAAAUCAGUUUUGUUCACUUCUAUUUUAAUGUUCACACAUUACAUAGUAUUCAAGCCAAAAAGCAUACUAAGAGUUUAAAUGCAUGCAAAUGUAAUGUGUCCUUAUAUUUGUGUAUAGUGCACAUAUUUACAGUAUCAACCAGGAACGCAGAGACAUCACCCCAUUGAA